AUGGCAAUUUUAUCAUCUCCGCAAAGGAAAAUGGUGCUAUCUGAGGUGAAAUAUUUAGGGGGUUUUUCAGAAAAAUAAACGGCUGAAAAAUCAAAAUGUUUUUUUAAUGAAAUCUUAUAUUAUUUAUCCUACAAAUGGGGAUUUUGUUAUUUUCCAAAUAUUUCAGGUGUAUGAAUGGAUAAUGACAGAAUAUCCGUAUUUUCAAAGUCGGGGAGCUGGUUGGCGAAAUUCUAUUCGUCACAAUUUGUCAUUGAAUGAUUGUUUUGUGAAAGCUGGAAGAGCCGCUAAUGGAAAAGUGAGUUUUUGAAUAAUAAAAGGGAUCAUGUUUGAAAAUUGGAAAUUAUUAUGAUUUUCAGCACUGAAUGCUGCAGCAAAACUCAAAUUUAAUAAAUUUUAUCGAAAAAAUCAAAAUUUAGCAGUUUCCAUUAUUUUGGGAAAUUUCAUGAAAAAAAUAUCCUAUAAAAAAUCUUGGUCUAAAAGAUCGUAAAAAUUGAUUUUCAAGAAUAAUUCCAUAUUUCUAGGGUCAUUACUGGGCAGUGCAUCCAGCUUGUCAACGCGAUUUUGAACGCGGCGAUUUUCGUCGCCGUCGCGCUCAACGAAAAGUUCGUCGUCACAUGGGAUUAUCUGUGGAUGAAUGCGAUUCUUCAGCCGACGAACUUCUAUUAGACGAUGAUUUUCUGAUUGCCUCUCAAAAUUCAUCGCCAAUUUCAAUUCCUCAAUUUUUUGUGUUGAGUCAAAGUUCAUCUUCGAUAUCUUCAGGAGUUCAAAAUCGAAUUAAAUCCUUCACAAUUGACGCAAUUUUGGCGCAUACUUAA